CUUCGAAAGCGUUGGCAUCGCGACGUCGACCACGUGCGUGCUGUGAUGUGUUGCUGUGAUACUCGAACGCCUUUUGAAAAUAUUUUUGUGCUAAAUUGAACGGAUUUGGCGCGACAUGGGGGUCCACGACAAUACGGAUUCAAAGUACAGCGUAAUGGGGGCAUCCAGUUUCUCCAAAUUAACUCCGAAACGUCCGACAACCGUAAUUUUCAACGAGACUAGUGCGAAGAAGAGCAAAAGCUCAGAUGAUGCGCAGAGCUCUCUUACCGAUUCUGAUAAUCCCGCAGCAAACCAAAACACGAUCAGAAACUCGACCCAAAACGUUACGCAGGUACACGAUGUUAAUGCAUCGGAAAAUAACAGCAUCCAGCACCAAAGAAAAUCCCUACCAGUUUACAGACUCAGGAAAAGGCUGUUGGCAGAGAUCAAGCGUCACAGUUCUCUCAUAGUAAUCGGAGAAACUGGCAGUGGUAAGACAACGCAGAUACCACAGCUCCUGCUUGCUUCUGGUCUAGCCGGAAGUGCUGGAUGCAUAGGAGUCACACAGCCGAGAAGAGUGGCGGCGGUAAGUGUUGCUCGUCGUGUAGCUCAGGAGCAAGGAGUUGUGACUGGAAAAUUAGUUGGCUACUGCGUGAGGUUCGAAGACAUGACGUCUCCUCAAACACGGAUCAAAUAUCUGACCGAUGGAAUGAUGGUGCGGGAAGCAAUGACUGAUGAAACCUUAUCAGAUUAUUCGAUCGUUAUUUUGGAUGAAGCCCAUGAACGGUCUGUGCAAACGGAUGUCUUACUGGGAGUAGCAAGACGUGCGCAGAAGCUGAGGAAACUGAAAAACCUGCAACCCCUGAAACUCAUCGUCAUGUCUGCUACAAUGGAUGUAGAUAAAUUUACAAAAUACUUCCAAGCUCCAGCUAUAUAUCUAGAAGGCAGACAGCACCCAGUUACAAUUUAUCAUUCUGUAAAAGCGCAGGAUGAUUAUGCCUUUGCUGCCCUUGUUACAGUGUUUCAAAUUCAUCGGGAAUCACCCGCAAACGAAGAUAUCCUGGCCUUUUUAACGGGACAAGAAGAAAUUGAGGCAGCGACAACCGCUGCGAGACAAGCUGCAAAGCAAUUGGAAGGCAAAGGGUAUCCUGCGCUCAAAGUAUUUCCUUUGUAUUCGGCUUUGCCGACUCAUCAGCAAUUAGAAGCUUUUAAACCUUCGCCGCCAGGAAUGCGGAAGUUAGUUUUAUCCACCAAUGUCGCUGAGACAUCUGUAACAAUCGGAGGAAUUCGACACGUCAUAGACACGGGCGUUGUAAAAGCGCGUACUCAUCACUCGGCAACAGGUCUGGACGUUUUGAGGGUUGAAAAAGUUGCAAAGGCUCAAGCGUGGCAGAGAACUGGCCGUGCAGGUCGGGAAGCGCCGGGAAAAUGCUACCGCACUUAUACUGAGGCUGAAUUUGCCAAUAUGAGUGAAAUGCCCAUUCCCGAAAUCCAGCGAUGCUCUCUGGCUGGCAUCGCCCUACAGCUCCUGGCCAUCGGCGUCGAUAUAACAACCUUUGAUUUCAUGGAUAAGCCCCCGAAAGAAGGGGUCGAUGUUGCAGUUUCAUGCCUGGAAAGACUGGAGGCUGUAAAAGGAUCCCCCCCACAAUUAACGACUCUGGGCAGGACGAUGUCACUAUUUCCAUUGGACCCGAGGUUCACAAAAGUAAUAUUAGCAGCGGUGGAACAUCAGUGCCUCGAAGAAGCUCUGACGGUCGUAGCCCUCCUCUCAGGAGAGUCGGUUUUUGUAGAGCCCUCAAAUAAAAGGGAACAAGCCGCAGCUGCAAGGGCCAGGUUCGCAUCGUCGGAAGGGGACCACGUCGUUCUGCUCAACGUUUUCAAAGGCUUCGUGAGUACCUCUCAGAAGAAGAGCUGGUGCCACGAAAAUUUUCUACAUCACAGAAACCUGGAGUACGGUUUGGAGGUCCGUAAGCAGCUAGCCGCGCUCGCCGCACGAGCGAAUCUCGAUAAAUGCAGUUGCGGAUCAUCGACGGAAUCUCUGCGGAAGGCUCUGUUGGAAGGACUCUUCGAUAAUCUCGCCGAACUUCAAAGGGAUCAAACCUAUUUAACGGUUUCCACGAGACAACCAGUCGCCAUUCAUCCGUCCUCUGUACUUCAUGGCUCUAAACCUCCUCUGGUUCUUUUCACGGAAGUCGUAGCCACCGGAAGAUGCUUUCUGCGUAAUGUCUCGACGGUCGAAUCCGCCUGGUUGGAGAGCAAGGGGAUCAUCGUCGGAAAGCACUGACAAUGAGCCGGCUGAAUUACGAUUAUUAUUUUUUGCAUGGUAAAAACUUCUGUCGACGGGAUCACGACUCGAUCGUUCCCUUGAAAAUAUUAUGAGUACCAAUCGAUUGAAAUAUUAUUAUUAUUAUUAUUAUUAUUAUUAUUAUUAUUCGUAUUUGUAAAUACAUACACUUGUAGUUUAUUAAAAAGUAAUGAUGUGUUAUAAAAA